CCUAUCCGCGCUGGGAAAUAAAAAACCGCCGCCGCCGCCAUUUUCCUUUACGGGGAUUCAUCGUGAGUGGAGAGACGCAGGCGAGAGGCCGUUCGUGAUCGCUCUCCUCAGCAGCAGCAGAGCCUACGAAGCCGAAAAAUUGUUGAAGAUGGCAACUCAACAGGGGGCAAAGGUUGUUCUGAAGAGCACCACCAAGGUUUCCUUACACGAGCGCUUUACUAACAUGAUGAGGAAUAAGCAACCUGCACAAGUGAACGUUCAGGCUACCCUGCAACAACAGCAUGCUGCUAGUGCCAAGAACAGGCGACUGGCACAGCAAAUGGAGAAUCGUCCUUCAGUUCAGGCAGCUCUUAAAAUAAAGCAGAGGAGUCUGAAUCUGAAGCAGCGGCUGGGCCCCAGUAACAUCCAGGCUCGGCUGGGUGGCCCUGUGAACCAUGGAGGCAUGGGCAUGGGAGUCGGUAUGCCUUCGGGUGGCAUGGGUGGCAUGGGCAGCAUGGGCGGCAUGGGUGGCAUGGGUGGCAUGGGUGGCAUGGGCGGGAUGGGCGGGAUGGGUGGGAUGGGCGGCAUGGGUGGGAUGGGAAUGGGCAUGGGUGGACGGGUGGCCAUGGGUGUGCGAGGCCGUGGUGGUCUGGGCAUCCGAGGUGGCAUCCGGGGAAAUCUCCGUCUAAACCGUGGAGGACCCCGUGGUGGGAUCCUGAUGCGCGGAGCUGGACGUGGAUUGCUCCGUGGAGGAAUGCGCGGUGCAAUUACAACAAGAGGUGCUGGGCGUGGUGUGGCGCUGAAGUUGGGGCUGAGGAGAGGAGGGAUGAGGGGCCGGGGUGUCGGUGGCCGGGGAGGAGAUGUUGGUGGCUUGGGGGGAAUGGGUGGCAGAGGUCGUGGUGGAAUAAUAGGGCGAGGUCGUGGAAGGGGGUUUCUCGCGAGAGGGAGAGGGAUCCGCGGGCGUGGAAGAGGUGCCCCGCAGGUCAACGUGACGAGGGAGCAGCUUGACAAUCAACUGGAUGCCUACAUGUCAAAAACGAAGGGUUACAUGGAUGCAGAGUUGGAUGCCUACAUGGCUGAGGCUGAUGCUGAUGAAUAAGCAGGUGUAACCUUUUAGACGUGCAUACUUUUGUCUAAGUUGUAUUCUACAAUGGCACACUAGUGUUGAAGAUGUGAUGUUAGUACAUAAAAUCAGUUGUAGAGUAACGACAGUUGUGCUUUCCAAUUUUUUUGCAGUUUUCAUGUGGCUGAAAACACAACUCAUAACUUACUUUUUACGGGCAAGACAUUGACAUUUUGGCAAUGUACAUUGACUUAACAUUUUUGCAUGACUUUUGUCUAGGGGUUCACCAAAUGGCUAAUUAGGCAUGUGUCUGGAUCCAAAUUUUAAGUGGAAUAAGUGUUUGUUUUUUACAUUGAUUGAACCAUCCAGCUGCAUCCUCCAGCCCACACCUAUAAAACAUUCCACACCCAUGUGCCUCACCACUCUUCACGACAUCAUACUCUCCGAUCGACUACGUACGGUGCGAAAGUUUAAUAUACAUCCCCUGUUAAUGUUGUUUUUCUCCCCCUUUGUAUUUAUCGCUCCCUCACCGUCUAACUUCCCUGGUCAUGCUUGUGGUGAGAACUCUGCUGGCCUAUUGCUAACUCCUGGCCCAGCCUUCAGCAGUGUGGGCCUUGCUGGUCAUGUGAAUACAACUAUCCGUAGACAUUCAUAUUUACAGUUUUUAUAUUAAGUUUUACUGGAUCUCAUUAGAUCUGCAUUCUCAUGAGAUAUCUGGGGCACUCCUACUCUGAUCUUUUUUUGAAUCCCAUAAACAUAACAUGCAUAAAUGUGAUGGUAUACUGAAAGAGUUGUAUUUUCUUCAAAUGUUAAAAUUGAUCAUUUUAAUUUGUCGAUAUUUGUUAUCUAAAUCUAUCUCGAUAUAUACAGUUAAAAGUCCGUUAAAGUUUUGCGCUGAACUGCAAACCAUAUUCUGAAAAAAAGUUUCUUGUCACAAGUGUUUAAAAGCUUGUAAAUAGCAUUUCAUUGUUAUAGGUAAACACUGACACAAGUUUGUGUUUUUACAUUUGGGGGUGCCACAUGUAAUGAACUUCAUAUACAGGAUGAUUUGCUUCAAUACUGUAACCUUUUUUCCAGUGAAACUGCUUCCGUAAAUAAUCAGUAUAUUGACAUUUAAAUGUGGAUUUUUAUAGAGGCCACUUUUUUACAUUUCCAAGGUUUAUCAACUACAGAUGUGUGGGAUGCGAGGUUAAAAUGCGUGAUAUAAAAAGGUCAAUACUUGGAUUCAAGAUUAAGCUAGUAACUCCAACAAAUCUGUAAAGCUACAUAUUUUACAAUGUCUUCAAAUCGAAGAAGUUCUGAAUAUGCUUUUACAUGAUAUAAAAGUGUCAUUCACCAA